CAUAGAUAUGACAUAUGAUUCAGACAUAGGAUCACAGAUAAGUGACAGUUGAGUGACAGUUAAUUAGUUAAUUUGUAUAGUUAGAAGGCGAAGGCCCGUUUCAAGAUGGGUCGGGUUAUUCGUGCACAACGUAAAGGUGCAGGUUCAGUUUUCAAAUCACAUACAAAAAAAAGAAAGGGUGCUCCAAAGUUACGAUCAUUAGAUUUUGCGGAGCGCCAUGGUUACAUAAAGGGAGUUGUUCGAGAUAUUAUCCAUGAUCCAGGUCGUGGAGCACCUUUGGCCACGGUACAUUUUAGAGAUCCAUAUAAAUUUCAAACUCGAAAAGAAUUAUUUAUUGCUGCUGAAGGAAUGUACACUGGUCAGUUUGUUUACUGUGGAAAGAAAGCAACUUUGCAAAUAGGAAAUGUUCUUCCAGUUGGAACCAUGCCUGAGGGUACGAUUGUGUGUAAUUUAGAAGAAAAAACUGGAGAUCGAGGUCGUUUAGCUCGUGCUUCUGGCAAUUAUGCUACAGUAAUUGCACAUAAUCCUGAUUCAAAAAAAACUAGAGUAAAAUUACCCUCUGGUGCCAAGAAAGUAAUACCAUCAAAUAAUAGGGCCAUGGUUGGUAUUGUUGCUGGAGGUGGUAGGGUAGAUAAACCCAUUUUGAAAGCUGGAAGAGCUUAUCAUAAAUAUAAGGCAAAGAGAAACUGCUGGCCUAAAGUACGUGGUGUAGCUAUGAACCCAGUUGAACAUCCACAUGGUGGUGGUAACCAUCAACAUAUUGGUAAAGCGUCGACAGUUAAACGUGGAACAUCUGCUGGUCGUAAAGUCGGUCUUAUUGCUGCCCGUAGGACUGGUCGUAUUCGUGGUGGUAAAACUGACACCAAAAAAGAAGAUUAAAUGUACAAUAUUUUACUUUAACAGUUUUCAUUGUAUUUUAUUGAAAAUAUAACGAAUACUGUUAAAACGUU